CGGAGCAAACACGGCCCGCGCCGGCCCCGCGGGUCCCCGGCCGGCCUGGCCUGGCGCGCCCACAGGGCGUCCGCGGCGUGGGCGUCCGCGCAGGUCGUCCUACCCGGCCCGCGGGGGAGGCAGGCGGUCAGCAAUGGCGACCCACGCGCGAGCCGCGACCCCCGUGUCACCUGGCUGGCGUGUCCGUCCGUGUGCCGGGGAGGGAGGGGUGAAGCGGGGGGUGAACUUGGGAAGCCCUCCGAACCUUGAACACCCGGCUUCUCUUUCCUUUUGCCGUUGGGAAACUUGGGUUGUUUGGGGACAGACGGGUUAAAGGAAGAUUGGGAGGCAUUAUUUACUGUCUUCACGGGAUGAGUGAAGUUGGUAACUUUUCCAUUCAUGGUAGUGAGCGGAUCUUAGCCUUAGCCUCUGAGAGCCCUUAUUAAAGAGAAACUUCCUGAUUUUCUGGAUCUGAGGGGUAUGGCCAUUUCCAAGUUAUUUGUGUCCUGUCCGUGGAGCAGUGCUUGGAAGGAGGCCACGGAGUGCACGUUGAAUUCAAAGUAACCUCCUUUGAGUAUGUUUGUAACGUGUGUGUUUGGGAGGAUAGAGACAGACGGGCAGAACAGUAUGUUGUUUACCAUGGUUCUUGCACUCCGUUCCCCUCUCUUGUUUUUUUUCUGAGCUCUGUCGUAAGUCCCAGAUAAAAGAUGGUUGGGAAGGAAUUGACCUUUUAUUCCGUAAUUACUUUGUUGACUCUGAUCCAAGGGGAAGCUAUUUAUGGGCAUUCUGAUAUCCGUGUAGAUUAACUUAAAACUCUUUAAAUACAAACCUCCCAAACUUUUUAAACUUAAUUUUAUUUUAUUUUAUUUAUUUUUUUUUUUGCUGCAUUUCAAUACUGUGUUGUAUCCUUUAGAGACCUAGUAAGUUACAUGAGCAGAUUUUUGCCUUUGCUCAUGUUUGCUAAGGUUUUACAAAGUAGCACUCCAGUUUUCGACGCAGCAAAGGGAAAAGAAUAGCAUAAAAUGUAUGUUUAGGAUUUUUCUAAGGGUUUAAUUUUUCAGUAUGCAGUUUUCGCUGAAUCACUGUUCUUUAUGCUUAGUCACUGUUUCUUACUCCAGAAGCCUAAUUGAGGAUAACAUGGUGUUUUGGCAACUUUUACAUUGCCAACUUGUUUUUACCUAGUACUUUAAUGCAGUGACAUAAGCUUUUUUUGUGGUUCUGGACUUGUUAGCGGGUGGAGUUCUGUGAGUGUUACCAGAGAGCUGAAGUUUCUGGUAUAGGCAAACUUUUAUGCAUUCCAAGUGUGCUGGGUGUUUAAUUUCAACCCAGUAUUUCUCCCUGUCUACCAUUGGAGACUUUUAAAAAAUACAAAGUAUCCUAAUACAAUACCUAUGAAAGAGUGGUAAUACUUUGAGAUAAUGUAUAUAGUUAGAGGGGUACUUUAAGGUCACCACAUAUGCGUGUUUACUCUUUGAUCUAGUAUAUUACAGAAAUGUGACUUUCAGUGGGGUAAGCCCUGUGCUAUUUUGUAUGAUUUUGGAUACAUCUUUUAACUGAGUUCCUAUGCCUGUUUCAUUCAAAGGACAUUGUAUUUGUAGAAUUCUUUGACAAAGUCUUCAAUGAAAAGGCUAUAUAAAAUAUUUAAUUUCAAUUUCAGUUUGAUGAACUAUGCGAGAUGAACUAUGAACUAUGUUCAGUUUGAUUGAACUUUGUGAGAACUAUGUGAACCAUUAGACUAAUGGUUUUUAUGCUGUAGGCAGUUAGAUAAUUACAGACAUACCCCAAUUAAAACCCAGUCCAGAAAUCUUUUAUAAAAAGGAUAGGUCUUGUUGUGUGUGUGUGGAUAAUGUUAACAUAGGUUGUUUCCUCAUGCGGUUGCUUUUGGUAAGCUUUAUAAUUAUAAAUGACUUGAUAUAAAACAUUAUUUUACAUUAAGCUUUGUGUAUGUAAAUGUGGCUGUUGUGUAAAGUGAAGUACAUCUUUUUCUGAGGAAUACAUUGUAUCCUGUUGGGCGCAUAUAAUUAUAACUAACCUUUAUAGAGUUCCAGGUUGUUUUAACAAUAGAGUAAUAGCCUCAAGGUCACAAAGCUGAGAUUCCUUAGAAGCCCAUUCCCCUCUGCCGUGAUGCUCAUUUCAGUAAGCUGAGUACCACCAUUUGGGUGGAUUAUUUUUAUCUGAGUAUCUGCUCAAAUAGGUCUGGUCUGAGUAUUAAGUAUUUGUUAAUAUUAUUUUAAUUUAAGUCUGUAAUAGUUUCAUUUGCUUUUUUAGUGGAGAACAUUGCAAGCAGUUAGAACUUCACUUUGGAAUAAACUACUCAUGACCAUAUUUAGACUAGAAGAUAUAUGUUUUGAUUAUAUCAAAAGGGGAAUAGUUAAAAAUUUGAAAAGAAAUUCCAUAUAAUUAGGUCAUGAUUCUAUAAAUAAAAAGGCCGAACCAAAAUCGAAUACAAAGAAUGUAUACAGUGUAACCCAUUUAGCCAUUUUGGACUCAUCAGGAGGGCAUGUGCUUUGAGUUGGAAGUUUAAUGAUAGAGGAUUUUAAAUCUUGCCUAGUCACUGCCAACCCCCCUCCCGCUCCUUUUUAAACCAGUGAAAUAAGAUGUCCAACUGAGGUUAUAGAUUUAUUAUGGUCUUUAAUACUGAUUGCGCUUGAUCUGCAAAUCACCCAGCAGGUGUUUCUAUUUAAUAUUACUUGUACAGUUAAUUGUAUUACUAUGACCAGUGCCUCCAACUGUAGCAUAAGACUUGCUUGGAGCCGCUUAUAACUGAUUGCUAAAUGUCAGAUUUCAGUUGUAGACUGGCUUGUGUUAACUAAUUGAACAUGUCUGUCUAUUGUUCCUUUUCAGCCUUACAUUGAAACAACAUUUUAUUGUUUAAGUGGAAUUCUGUUUCAUCUAGUACCAUAGUAGCUGUAACAUUAAGCAGUAGGCUGAUGCCACUUCCUUUUUGGAGCUUCUUAACCAUAUUAGCUACUCAGGCAUGUGCACAUGUGCACACACCUCCACCUCUCUCUGCUUUUCUUUUUGAAACGGCACAGAGUCGAUUAGGGAAUUAAAAUAGUGGGACAAUAUACAGGCAAACAUUUACGCCUGUACCUUUUAUGACUAUUAUUUUUUAAGAUUUUAAAAUAAUGAGAGGUUGAAAUCAACUUUCUUUGACUUCCUUUUCCCUUUGAUUUGCUUUUUUCAUAGUCAGUUUACUCUGUAUAUAAUGCUUGGAACAUAUAACUUAGGUCCUCAGUAAAUGUUUGAGCAUUACUGACUUUUUAUAGCUGGUACAGUGAGGUAAUUUUGGCUCAGUCUGAUUGUCUAAUACUAGGUCUGUAAGGUUGUAUUUUUUUGUGAAGUAUGUAGACUCCCAUGACAUCAGGAAUCUCAUUUUGUUUUGGAAUCCAUUUGGCUCUUUCUUGUAGUAUAAUUCUUUCAUAUAUUCAUGUUUCUAAAAUAAGUGAAGCUCCAAUUAGGCACAGUCUGGAAUAAGGGAACACAAGAAUGGAUGAGACAGAGAUGGCUCUGUCUCCUUCAGGAAGCUUGAAGUUUUCCUGUGCGGAGCUGGACUGGCCAUUAUGGAGGAGGAGCUGCAGCAUUCACACUGUGUGACUUGUGUCAGUAGACGGUGUAUGAUCAGACCGGAGCCUGGGAUUUCCUGUGACUUGAUUGGUUGUCCACUGGUUUGUGGAGCAGUUUUCCAUUCUUGCAAAGCUGAUGAGCAUCGACUUUUAUGUCCAUUUGAACGAGUGCCUUGCUUAAAUAGUGAUUUCGGAUGUCCGUUUACAAUGGCUCGAAAUAAAGUUGCUGAACAUCUGGAAAUGUGUCCUGCAAGUGUGGUGUGCUGUACUAUGGAGUGGAACCGAUGGCCAGUUAGUUACGCAGAUCGGAAAUCGUAUGAAAAUCUAAGCAGAGAUGUCGAUGAAGUGGCACAAUUAGAUAUGGCCUUGGCCCUUCAAGACCAAAGGAUGCUCUUAGAGUCUCUCAAAGUAGCCACCAUGAUGUCAAAAGCAACUGAUAAAGUGGCAGAACCUAGAGAACAAAUCUCAGUUAAAUCAAGUGUCCCGGAAAUACCACAUACUAAUGGUUUGGUAUCUGUUGAUGAAGAAUCUUAUGGUGCACUUUAUCAAGCUACUGUAGAAACAACCAGAAGUUUGGCUGCUGCCUUAGAUAUCCUGAAUACCGCCACAAGAGACAUUGGCAUGUUAAGUACAAGUCUUUGUGCUUCCCCAAAUGAAGUGAAUGAAGAGCAAAAUGCCAGAGAAAGCUUGCAGAAUAGACACUUGAAAGACCAGGACCAUCUUUAUGAGGAGGAGAUAGGAGCAGUAGGUGGAAUUGAUCAUAAUGACGCAAGUCUGAAUUUCCAGUCUGAACAAAAUGGCUCAAGUGAUUUAUUGUAUGACUCGAACACCAGUUCUUAUGGCACUUCUGCUCUUUGUAAUGGCUUUUCUUUGGAAAAUAUAUGUACACAGGCCAUAGACCAAAGUCAGAAAUUACAUGGUGAUUCAAAACAAAGUAACUUAACAAAUGGAGAAUGUAUAGCAUCAGAUGGCACUUCAGAUCCUUCCAGUUCACUUUCAGUAGCAGCACAACUUAAUGCUUUGCCUAAUGGCACAGUUCAGCACAUCCUCAUGCCAGAUGGUGAGCAUGAAGGAGAAUUGUGUUGGAGAAAAGUAGACUUAGGGGACUUGAGGAAUGUGGAUGUCUUAUCUUUCAGUCAUCCUCCUUCAUUCAAAUUUCUUUCUAAUUCAUGUUGGUCCAAACCAAAAGAAGAUAAAGCAGUAGAUACAUCAGAUUUGGAAGUUGCAGAAGAUCCAAUGGGCCUCCAAGGAAUAGAUCUAAUCACAGCAGCAUUACUGUUUUGUCUAGGAGAUUCUCCAGGUGGGAGGGGUAUAUCUGAUAGUCGCAUGGUUGAUGUAUAUCACAUUGAUUUUGGGACUCAGACUUUUUCACUUCCAUCUGCAAUAUUAGCUACAAAUACAAUGGUUGGGGAGAUAGCUUCAGCUUCUGCUUGUGAUCAUGCCAAUCCACAGCUUUCAAAUCCAAGUCCUUUUCAGACACUUGGGCUGGAUUUAGUAUUGGAAUGUGUCGCUAGGUAUCAACCCAAGCAGCGUUCAAUGUUUACAUUUGUUUGUGGACAGUUAUUUAGAAGAAAAGAAUUUUCUUCCCAUUUUAAGAAUGUGCAUGGUGACAUUCAUGCUGGACUCAAUGGCUGGAUGGAACAGAGGUGUCCUUUAGCAUAUUAUGGUUGUACCUACUCUCAGCGUAGAUUUUGUCCAUCAACCCAAGGAGCAAAGAUUAUACAUGACCGCCAUUUGAGGUCAUUUGGAGUUCAGCCUUGUGUAUCUACAGUAUUAGUGGAGCCUGCUAGAAACUGUGUGUUGGGAUUACAUAGUGACCAUCUAAGUAGUCUUCCUUUUGAGGUCCUACAACAUAUUGCAGGCUUUCUUGAUGGCUUCAGUUUAUGCCAGCUCUCAUGUGUAUCCAAGUUAAUGAGGGAUGUAUGUGGCAGCCUGCUUCAGUCGCGUGGAAUGGUCAUACUGCAGUGGGGGAAAAAGAAGUAUCCAGAAGGAAAUUCAUCAUGGCAAAUAAAAGAAAAGGUAUGGCGAUUCAGUACUGCAUUUUGUUCUGUAAAUGAAUGGAAAUUUGCUGACAUCCUAAGCAUGGCUGACCACUUGAAGAAAUGCAGUUACAAUGUUGUAGAGAAACGGGAGGAAGCAAUCCCACUGCCGUGUAUGUGUGUGACACGAGAACUCACUAAAGAAGGACGUUCACUUCGCUCAGUUUUAAAACCUGUACUUUAGAGACUGUAACUCCACUUGCACAUACAUGCAAGCACCUAGUAUAAUUUGUCAUAUGUGACACUUUAUUGUAUUAAAGAUUACAACUAGCUAAAUUUAUUGCCACUAUGUAUAUAAUGUUUUGAAGUGACAUAUAUUUUUAUAAAGUCCUGUUUAGUUGGAAAAAAGUUGCCUUAAUGUUUGAAAUGUGUGAAAUUUUUGGAACUUGCUGGACAGGGUGAUUUAAUUUUUAGCUACAUAGUUUUCAGAACUAGUAUUUUUAAUGGUGUGCAUAUUUUGGUUUUUAAAUUUUUUGCUUCUUAAACUAACAAGAUCCUGACCAAACAAUUUAUUCCUCAUGUUUUCUGUGGGUUAUAACCCAUGCAUUCAAAAAGCAAAACUUUGAAUCAGAUUUUUUCAGCAUUUGUUUUUCAGAUGAAAACAUUCGAUUGCUUAAGGACUGCCGUAAGAUCAUUAUAAGAUUUUUAUUUUCUAGUGCUCCCCUUAUACAAUUGCUGAUACACAGAUGAUCUUUAAUAUAUAUUUAAAAUCAUGACAGAUGUUUGGUAAUGCAUUUAUCAUGUUUUAAAAAGACUCACAAAAAUAUUUUCACCUUAUAUAUUUGCAGCUCUCAUACAGAGAAUGACCAUAUGCAACUUUUCGUUUUUGUUAGACACCGCAUCCAAAGACUCAUGGCAGUGUGUUUUAUGACAGGUCAAAGUGAAAACAAAAAGCCUGUGAAUUUAUUUUAAUUUGAAACUGUUCAUCAUAUUCUGCAUUUGCUAGGUUCCUGAUAUUUGGAGAGAAGAAAAUAUACCUCAUUUAAAGUUUGGGUUGGGCACAUUGUGUGAAUAAAUUUCAAAUAUUCAGAAUGCAAAGGGCUUAACUAAGCAUUUAAAAUUUUGCGUUUUUAUAAAUCACAACUAUAUUGUUUUAAGACGUUUAACAAUGUGAAAUUCGGUGUCUUUGUAAGAUGACAAUCAUGAAAUGGAGAAACCUGUCUUGGUUGACAAUCUCUUUAAAACAUUUCCAAGUUUAUUUCCCGUAGACUUCACUACCAAAAUAGUAAGAAUUGCAUCUUUGUGUAAAGAUCAAGGUAUAACAGAAAAAUACUCAAAGUCUUAUUGUUGAGGUACUUUAUUAUAGUUUUCAAAUUGCUAUACACCAUAAUUCACCUGAUGUUAAUUAAUCAGUUUAAAAAAUGAAUAUACGGUGUCAGUAUUUAGAAAUAAAUUGCAAAGAUGGGGACAUAUACUUAAAUAAUUUGUUUUAAGUAACUCCUGGCAUUUAGUAGUCUGAAAUGGUGACAAGUUACUUUGCUAUAAAACAUCAGACUUCUCUUAUGUUUUCUUACAUUUGUCCCUGAGAAUGCUCUAUUGUUAUUAGGGUCUUGAUUACCAUAUAUGGCAAUCAGACUGGGCAGAGGUGUUCCUUGGGCAGUAGCAAAAAAACUCUCAACUACUUAAGACUUCUUUUGGUUGGAUCACAUCCUUAUUACAGUUGGAAGUAUAGCAUUAAAGGCUAAUCAGUUGUUUUGCCUCACCUGUCAUUUUAAUUAAUAGAAUAAUUAUUUCUCCAUGUUGAAACUUCAACUGUGAGAUUGAAUUCUAUACCAUUUCUGUGAAAAAAGUCAGAAAUAUGAUGUCAAAUACUGUAAAAUAUAACUCUGCCUUUUAAAGUUUUGCUGAAGAAUGUGUCUGGUUAGGAUAGCACAAACAUUAACUUUUUGUUUUAUGGUUGUGCUUGUUUGGUUUUUAAGUUUAGAGUUUUUAUUUCCACACUGGAUCAUGAGAUAUUUAACAGUUUUCCACCUUAUAUUUCUUUUACACAUCUUUGGCUGUUUUCUUUUUUGUUUGUUAUGCCACCAUAUGAUUUUGUUAAAAUGUUUUCUUUGUGCAGCAUUUGUUCAAAUUCUAAUAAAAUUAAUAUUUUCCCUUUAUGUGGCUCAGUAACUUAAAAAGAAAAACUUUCUUUGAAAUAAACUUUUAAUACUUGUUUGAGAAAUUCCAAACACAGUGUUUCUAAUAAGUGUACAUUUUGUGCAUGUUGUAAAAGUUUGUUGAUUAUCAUUGCUCACCCUUGUUUUACUGGUGGGCAUUUUUUUUUUUUAAUAUGGAAAACUCAUUGACUUUCUGUGCCUUUUCAGUGUCUUCCUGAAAUUAGUCUCAUCUAGGGGUAUUGAAAGGCUGAAGAGUUUCUGGCUAUAUUGUUUUUCUAAAACUUGUAAUGGGAACAAUCUAUCUAGGUGUUUAAGCGUGAAAAGGUUUUGUGUGUCAGUUGUCAUUUGAGAGUCUGUUGAUUUCUUAGUUUUUUCUGACCAAGAUAAAGGGCAGGUGUCAGGAUGGAAGGAAAUACCUGUAUUAAAUUUUAUCUGCUGCCUCCUUCCCUA